AACACACGUGGGCUGCGUGUUUGUUGCAGGAAGUGAAGAUGGCGGACGUUGCGUUGCUGUCAGAGUCUGUGCUCGGCUGGUCCAUUUUUGGACUUGUGCUUCUGGCAAUUUUGGCAUUUUGUUGGAUUUACAUACGAAAGUACCAAAGUCGACAGGAAAGUGAAGUGAUCUCUACUAUAACAGCAAUAUGUGCGCUUGCCAUUGCAUUGAUAACUUCAGCACUUCUUCCAGUGGACAUAUUCUUGGUAUCCUAUAUGAAAGAGUCAAAUGGCACUUACAAGGAGUGGGCUGCAAGCAAUCUCACAAGAGAGCAAGUUGAGGACACAGUAUUAUAUGGAUAUUAUACAUUGUACUCCAUUAUUCUGUUCUGCAUUUUCCUGUGGAUCCCCUUUGUUUACUUCUAUUAUGAAGAAAAGGACGAUGAUAACAUCAACAGGUGCUCGCAAGUUAAAAAUGCCCUGAAGUAUACCCUUGGAUUUAUGAUAGUUUGCACUGCUCUUCUCCUAAUCGGAGCAUUUGUGCCACUGGAAGCACCAACCAAUCAAAACUCCACUCAGUGGGAAAAAGUUCAGUAUUUGUUUGAGGAACUUGGGAGUAGCCAUUGCUUGGCUGCCCUGUCAUUCUCCAUUAGCUCCAUGACCUUGAUUGGAAUGCUGGCAGCGAUCACUUACACAGCUUAUGGUAUGUCCGUCCUACCACUAAAUCUGAUAAAAGGCACCAGAAGUGUUGUCUACGAGCGCUUGGAGAACAUGGAAGACAUUGAAGAAGUAGAGCAACAGAUAGAUAACAUCAAAUCUAAGUGCAGUGAUGGCCGUCCCUUAUCCACAAGGGACAGACGGUCCCUGCAGCAGCUGGAAGAAAAAUUGCAGAUGCUUCGAAGAAGACACAGGCACCUGGAAACUGCUGAAAAGAACUACUGCACAAAAUUCUGCAGUGCCCUUCAACCUUUAAAGAUUGCUAUUGGAGUGUUUUUAAUCCUGGUGGCUGUGUUGUUUGUCAUUGCACUUUUCAUAUCAAACUUGGAUAAAGCCAUGCAUUCUGCUGGAAUCAACACUGGAUUCAUAAUCUUUGGGACUAAUUUUACCAACCCACUAAAUGAGUUGUUGUUAGCAUUACAGCCUGUUUUUCCUUUGGAUUACAUCAUGAUUACAGUCAUUACGAUGUAUUUUGUCUUCACAUCUGUGGCAGGGAUACGGAAUAUGGGCAUAUGGUUCUUCUGGAUAAGGUUGUACAAGAUUAGACCAGGAAGAACCCGACCCCAGGCUCUCCUCUUCCUGUGCAUGAUCCUCCUGCUCAUUGUUCUUCACACCAGCUACAUGAUGUACAGCCUUGCACCUCAAUACGUCAUGUAUGGAAGUCAGAAGUACUUAAAAGAGAGCAAAGUUCCAUCUAUUGAAGCAAUGCAAGGAAAUUCAACAGCCAGAGUGAUCAAGAAUUGUGAUGCAGAUGCCCCUGAAGAUCAGUGCACAAUCACAAGGACAUAUCUCUUUCUUCAUAAGUUUUGGUUCUUCAGCAGCAUCUAUUACUUUGGUAACUGGGCUUUCAUUGCGUUUUUCCUUAUUGGAUUAGUUGUGUCUUGCUGCAAAGGAAAGAAAUCUGUAAUUGAAGGAGAAGUGGAAGAAGAUGACUCUGACAUGAGUGAUGAUGAAUUCUUGCAGGUGUAGAACCUUAUGAUAGAAAACUUAUGGUACUUACAAGUUUCAUUUCCACAUUGAAAAUUUUUUUUGGGGGGGGGGGGGGGGGGUAU